CUGGAUGACGAACGAACGAAACACUUCAAAUUUAGUGUCUCGUUCCUACAGUUUUACUCGGCUGGUUGGAUUAGACGUGUGACGAUUUAAUAUAUUUACAAAUUUCCUAGAUUAUCUUCCUGUGUAGGGAACGUGGGAGUGAGGGCCGUCUGUACAGUGAAAUACUUCCUAAACAAAACUGUCGACAGGAACAGUGUUUUACAGGUGAAAAUGGACAGCAUCCCUGACUUUUAAACUACCAAGAUGCAUUCGUGUGAGGACAAAUCGGACCCUCCAGACAAUCAUGCUGAAUCCGGACCGGUUAUUCCGAAGCCAAAUCUCGAUUUCGAGGAUGGGACUCAUUCGAUUUUCAUGAUAAUUCAGAAGUUCCCUUUCCCCGUGGUAGUUCUUUGCGAUACAACGAGAUGUCCCAUUCCAGUGGACCGGUCAAAAUUUAACUUUGACCUCUCCCAGCCGUUGUUGUUCUACAGGAAAAGAAGUAUUCAAAAGAUCCCCGCCAGGUCUCUGUUUGUAGACGAGACAGACCAGUACCAGGAGGCUGGCGACCCGCUACUCAUCCCCGAGGACUACAAAGGUUACUUUGCUAUCCUGAAGAGACGAAAUCUCCCCGGACCGACGGAGAACAAUGCGCCACAUUUCACUAAGAUUGAGGAUAUUGCACAAUCUGACACAGAAACAUUUCUGAUUGGUGGACAAAAUCGUGUAAAAGCAUUCCAAGUGACAACUCAUAAGGAUGACGAUCAAAGUCACCAUGAGCAGCAGCGCAUGCUCUUCCCUGGCGAUGUUUUGCGGAAAAUCCGAAUGUUCACUUCGGAAACGAAGAAGAAGACGAAAUACUUCCGACGAAGUUCUCUUAUAACUGAACGAUUCCUCCUUUGUAUGGACGAGGCAGAUAGGGAAGUCGUCAUUCCGUUUACACAGGCUGGUCUAUUCUAUGCCCUUACAACAACUUCAGGAAAAGGUACAUGUCCUGUUAUGCAAAUGAGCGAAAUUGUUGCUAGCAAGUAUUUGCCUUGUGUCGUCAAAUUGGUGUAUGGUCGAGUUCCCACAACACCAUGCUUCUUCACUGGCCUUCUACAACUCGACCACGGAUACUUAGAACAGUCUAUCGUGGCUGCUACUAUUAUGAACAAGAAAAACAUACUGGUAGAAAUACCGUCCAGCUGUAAGAUGGAGUUCCGUGUGGCACAUACUAAUGAUGAGUUGAUAUCAAAUCAAGGCUACCAGAAUGCAGUGCAGGUCUGCAGGGGGAAAAUGCAUUCUUAUAUGAGAAAUAUCAAAGUCUGCCUCAGUUGGAAAUCUGACGACACCUUACACGGCGCCGGGACGUCCAGCUCAAUAACGGUUGGAGAAAGAGUAUCCAGAGUGUCGUUUGAUUCAGAAAUAUCUGAACCUCCAAAGCCCUGUUCCAAGGAUGUCAAUAGAGACUCGGGUUAUAUGAAAAUGACACCAUCAACCGAUGACCUGAGUACACAGUCAGACGGAAAUCUUGAUAGCGGCCAAGAUCAGUACGUUAAGAUGGUUUCACCUACGUCCCCACCCCCGGAUUACGUACUAAAACUCUUCUUAGAGAACAAGCUUUUAGAGGUACCCGUUUACUCUCACGAUGCUAAUCAAGUCGAUGAGGUUGAUGAUUCAGCCAGCAUAUACUCUUUGAAGACGUCAGACAACAAGGGUCAGCACAUAACCACGCCCCCGGAUAUACCCCCUCCUCCUGUCCCAUGUCCCGGGACGCCACCAUCUCUCUGCGGGGGAUCGCCAUCUCAAGACAGUGGCAUUUCGGAUAUAGGGUUAACAGACACCCGACGCCCAUCUACUUUCAUAUUCGCUGAAAAUGAACAGAACGCGGAUGACGAUAUCACAUACGCUAUCCCGCAGAUUCCAACACGACGUGUUAGUGCUCCGCCGAAUUUCGACACCAUUCCGGUCAUCCCAGAUUCUAAACGAGGCGGCAUACCCAAGUCAUCUCCGUUCAACAAACGUAAAUCUAAAUCCCUUAAGAAUCGAGUAUCGAGCGCACCAACUGAAAUGUUGAACAAGGAUGGGAGACUGAUCAGUCCAACGGAAACGAUACAUGAACACGACUUCGUCUCCGAAAACCCUCGUUACGAGAACAUAGAGGGCAUGAAAGAAAUCCAGGAAAAACUGAUACAUCAUAAAAAAUUAACAGAAUCUAUCAAUAAGGCAGACAAUUCCCCAGCGUCUCAUUCUCCUUGGUAUCUUGGGCCACUCGGUUCUUCUGACCAAACAUCGUCCGCUGCAUCCUCUUCCCCUCCUCACCUUUCUCCAGACGAUGGUGCAUUAAAGUCAAUGCCAAAUGAAAAUCCCAGAUUAUCAUGUGGUUCAGUCACAUCGUCAGAUCCGUUCGACAGUGUCUUUGAAAUAGUGCCAAGUGAUCCAACGCCACACGAAUAUCUAAAACUGAUAGACGCCAAAGUCAAAUAUGAAGUGGAAGAUGAUCACGAAGACGUUUAUGACGUCAUACCGGAUAUACCAGGUAGUAAUCCACUCUCGACACCGCUCGAAAUUAUGCAUAUGUCGGACAAGGAAUACGUUGAUCAAAUGAACUCAGACCUCGUGGAACAUGAACAGCCUCCCAAUCCCCACCUCAUGCAACACGCCACACACACAUAUGUUAACUCUUGUGGUGAUGAAAGCAAGGAAUGUGAAGAAAUUUGUGAUCAUGACAAUAUUUCUCUUGUGAAAACUGAGUGUAACCAGCCAAUCGACAGUGGGAGUAAUAGUACAGAGAUUUCAGAAGAACCACUUCACGUUCCAUGUUCUGAUACAGGUGUUGUCCAACACAACGAAUCUGUAACUGGACGUAUAGUUAAGGGAAACAGAGAACGUUCAAGCAAAGAAUCCGACAGUGAUAUUGAUCGGACCGAUGUAGACCAAUCGGAAGGUGUCAGUAAUUUGGAAGAAGUUAAUCCCAUCAUCGUUGAAUUGGGCGAAAUUGAAUCAGCGACAGGACAAGAGAAUCCCUUAGAGAAAGACAAUGUGUACCCUGUUCCCACAGGAGAAACUUGUAGUGGAAACAAAUGUGGUGAAAAUGAGGCUAGACCUCAAGAGGAAGAAGGUUAUGCGAAGGAUGAUAUUUGUGAUGAUAAAUGUCAACAUAGGGUUCAAGGUCGGAGUGGCGUAAACGUUCAAUGUGGUGCUACUGAAAGCCAACAAAACGACUCGAAUCAACGUAGGCGAGAACCGAUCUCUGAUAACCUAGUACCGCCGAAUGAAGCACAUGACGAUAUAUCUCUACAAAUCAAACCUAGCCCUCCUCCAGUUUCACCGAAACCAAGCCGCACACAUACUGAGAAAAGAGAAGCAGUUUCUGAAGAAAUGUCAGAUAUUGUUAUCUCUAACAGCAACGAAUCGAGUCAGUUUGAAUACAUUGAUGAUCAGCCAGUUCACCACCAACUCAAACACCGCGAAAGGACGGAAUCUAACUCGAUAUCAAUGUCCCCUGAACACUUGGAAAAAGAAUUGAAAGACGUUGGCGUGACUAGGAAGGCCAGAGAGAACAUUAAAGAUAAACACAUUGGGAUUGAAGAAUUACUAAGCAUGGACGUUGAUGACCUCCAGAAAGACUUACCUGACGUCAGCUUCUUGGAUCUAAAACGGAUCGCCAUGUUUAUCAGGAACACGUUGGCUAGGCCCACGGGUUAUUGAGUUCGAUUUAAUAUCUGAUAGGUUGAUAUGCGACGAGAAGGUGAUUUGGGCAGGUGUGCAAUAUUGCCAUGUGUUGAGCUUUGUACAGCUAUUGUUAAAUAUACUGCCAUGUACUGAAAGUGCUGAGUUAUUGCACAUUUCCAGUGAUGAUCUUCCAUUUACUGCCAUGCACUUGGAACAUUGCGUUUCGUAUACAGAUGUAAUGUUCGAUACACUGUCAUGUGUUCGAUGUACUGUAACUGUUGGGUUACGUAUGCCAGUUAGGAUGUUUGAUAUACUGCCAUUUACUGAGAAUGCUAGACAACAGUUGUAACGUACACCAGUAUUAACAUUUAGUGCUAGUUAAAUGAUUUAUCAUUUUUAGAUAAUAUGCUUUUAGAGCACUCAUUUUCUUUGCUUUUCUAUGCAAUGUUUUGACCAAUUAUCGAAGAUAUAUGUUAUAUUAAAAAUGAGACACCGGUGCUAGUCAGAAAUGUCAUUUAAUUAUGAAAUAAUAAUAACAAGGUUGAUAUAUUUCAGCAUGUCACCCUUAUAUUGAUCAGAUAACGUGGCGUCAGUUGGACUCUAGUCGAUGCAGUUUUUUUUAUUGUACAAAUUCAAUGGUAGUGCCAUAUUAUAUCAGUAUUUGUGUAAGAAAUGCAUACUAAUUACUUAUAUACAAACUUGUAUAUUGUGUGCUGUCCUAGAGAUAUGUAUUGGCAUAUUUUGUCGGCUUCAGUUAAUAAAUCUAUUGUAGUAAAAUAAGUCUACCAUUCAUGGGAAAAUACACGGAUCGUUUUAUAUAUAGGUCCUCAUAUUGGCACAAUAUAAUUGAUAUAAAAUGUCACCGCUGUAAUUAGUUUACACCCAUAGCCUUCUAAUUUUAGCUGAGCAGACAGAUCCGCUCGUUAAUUGGCACACCAGCAGGAUAUGUGACGUUACAAUUAAUGCAAUAUUCCAUGUUUGGUGAGGCGACUAAAAAACGAAAGCUUUCCAAUUAUCUUCAUACAAAUCAAUGGCUUUCUACGUUCUAUUUGAUUUGUUUAAACACAAUUUCGGUGAGUCAGUACGCAAGUAGGUAGCCAUAAUGGCAAGUUGAUGUGCCAGUUUACACGUCCUUCGCAUAAUACUCCCUGCAUCAUGGCGUAAUUGAGUGUUGGUGUUCUAUACGGCAUUUCCUGCGUUUUAGGAUAAUUUGCAGUUUUAGCUUACGUUGAAUUGUCGGCUAGGGUCAAGAGUUGCGAUUGUGAAUUGCGACAGGAAUUUCCAUCCACUUAAUGAAAUGUUUCAACACUAUUUAACACAUCAAGGGACUAUUGGCGUGUUGUGAUACGUAUUUGGGUAUACGUACCUGUCAAACACCAGUAGUUAUGACAUAGUGACCCCAUUCCGUCACGGAAAUAAAUAGUUACUGUGUUUUGAUAUGUCUCUGGAGCAUACUUUUUAUCGGAAAUAGCCAAUUCCUACUGUUAAAUAUCAACAGAAGAUUUAAACUGAUUCUGUAAAUAUCACAUGAUUUAAUUUGUUACCGAACUUUAUCAUAUUAUUAUGAUUAUGUAUCGAAAUCCAUUGUUAUACUAUCGACACCGGUUUAUGAUUAUCAUAGUUUUAUAUGAUGGUUGUUAAUAAAUGAUUUAACUAUU